GCCUGCGCCCAGAUAACCGGGCCAACAUGAGGAGAAAGCACUCUGUCUUGCUUGCAUGGUGUGUUUUUGCCUCCUGUUUCUAGGCCUCUCGGAUGGCGGAAUUUCCCUGAAGGGAUAGUGUACUGUAAUUUACAGGACUCCACAUGGAUGGGAAGCGCCUUAUAUGGAAGUGGAAGUGGGCGUGGGGAACUGAGUGAAAGGAUCACAAGACUACUCAAGAGAGUGUUCGUGUAUGUGUGUGUACUGUGGAAGGGGGAAGUUGCAGAGCUGGUUUUUUACAGUUGUGCAAUCGCAACGCAAUAACGUGCAACGCAGGAGCGAUUUAACCUGGUUUUUGAAUUGCUGUCCCCUCCUUUCCACGCCGGCCUCGCAGGGUCCGCGAGGAUCUUGAGGAAGAAUGUAGUGUGAGGUCACCGAACCAUGAGUCAACCUUGGCGAUGCGUGCAGUCAUUUUGAUGCGAUUGCAAAGUGGGUGCGUGGAGGAAUACAGCCUCUUAUUACAGUUAGGGGGAACAGAAGCGAGGAGGAGUGGAAAAUGACGAAAACGGAUCCCAGUGAUGAAUGGAGGGCGUGACUGACUCCCAGACGUCUCAAUCCCUCAGUGGCUUUGGAGCUCCACCUCAGUCAGAGGGGGGGUCUUUUAAUUCCUUGGCCAUCUGUGCUUGAUCCCCCUCCUCUCUCAAGGCCUUGCAUCCCCUGCGGUGGAAAUCCGGUCAGCUAUUUUCUAAAGGGAAAACAAACGAGAACAAAACUCCAGAACUUGGCUAGUUGGCACUUAACCCCAGCUGCCCUUCUUUCCUACUCUAGCCAUGAGCCUGCCACCUCAGCAGAAGGGCACAGCCAAGAGGACAGGCAAGCGCAUCUCUUUUUUCAACGAGGCAGGUGCUCAGAGUCAGCUCAAAGAGCCACUGCAGCACGUUGACGGCCCCUAUUACACCUUAGGAGCCCAGGGCCAGGAGCCAGUCCAUGGCGAGCCAGGGGCCCUUCCCACUUCGGAAGUUCCUACAAGAUAUCUCUCCUCGGUGAUCUUCAGCCCAGAAAAAGGAGAUCAGAACCGUGGGCACUACCAGCAGACCGUCCCCAUGAAGUGGGGUCAUCAGGAGCAGGGUAAUGCUAACUGGGCUCAGGGCAUUCCCAUGGGAACCUGGGGACAGACCUUUCCGGCUUAUCUUGGCGGGGUUAAUGUGGACAUGAACACAGCACUCCAGAGUUACGGUAGCCAGGCGUUCUCCAAAUCCGGCCACGAGGUGAUGCAGCAGUCCAAACGGGGCCAGGAGAAGCAGCUCCCAAACCCAGCUGAGGCGUACCGAGACCCAGCGAAGGUCCGGAAUGUGGAGUGGGAGCAGCAGCAGCAGGCUGCUAUGGCCAGGCACCAGGCCCAGUUGCAGGCAUUUCAGCAGGGACAGAAGCAAGGAGCAGCUCUUGCACAGCCAAGUUCAGUCCUCCAACCCUUCCAGCUGGCUUUUGGGCAGCAGAAGCAGCAACUCCCAUCAGGAUAUUACCAGGUCUUUCAGACCAAUAGGACUAUGCCAAAUCUGAAUUAUAGCGGACAGCCUAAAUCUCAGCACCAGCUUCAGCAACCACAGCAGUUACAGCAGCAGCAUUUGCAACAGCAGCAGCUACAACAACACCAACAGAACCAACAUUUUCUGGACACUUACUACCAGAAUGCCCAUCAUCAUCAUCAUUUACAAUCACAGCAACUGGCUUCGCAGGGCCUAGGACCCCAGUCUCAUCAACCGGAGCCCAAUGUCCAGUUUCAGCAAAGCAGUUUAAACCCUGAUAUGCAGAAGUUCCCAGCCGGUACACGGCAGACAGAGGCGGCUUCCCAACAGCCUCUACCCCGCAGGUCGCGGCGGCUUUCCAAGGAGAGUGUCCCUCCAUCAGGGGAGCAGCCCGGGAAUCCAUUCCUCACCCCUUGGAGCCAGGCCACCCAGGGGUCCCAGGCUUCUAGUGUUAGCAUUGGAGCACCCCAGAAUGGCGCCCCAGAGGUCAGAGUGAGCAAUGUGCAGGAGGAUGUCCCAGCAGCCCCUUCCGGAGUGAUCCAGAGCACGCGGAGGAAGAGGAGAGUCUCUCAAGAAGUCAAUCUGGAGACCUUGGCCCAGAAGGCUUCUGAGAUGGAGUCUUUACCUCAUAAAGUGGACAAGACACAGGAGGCUGAGGAUGAUAGGGCCCGGCCCUCCGUGGUCCUGAGCAGCGCCGACGGAGACGCCACCAGCGCCAAGCGGGCCCGGGACGAGAGCCUCGUGCCGCUGGUCAUCCCCGUGUCGGUGCCGGUCCGGCAGGUGGACAGAGCAUCGCCGGGCAAGGAGCAGGGGGAGGCGGGGUGGGGGCAGAGAGGAGGCCAGCAGGACCAAGCGCAGCCCGAGCACAAGGCCUCGGUCAUCGUCACGCGCCGGAGGUCUCUGAGGAACUCCCUUUCCGAGAGCACCGUCCAGGACGGCGAGGGUUUAAAGGAAGAUGAAGGCAAAGGGGGGGCCAAGUCGAAGCGCCGACCUCGGCCGGAGCCCCUCUUCAUCCCUCCCAAACCAGGCACCUUCAUCGCCCCCCCGGUCUACUCCAACAUCACCCCCUACCAGAGCCACCUCCGCUCCCCGGUGCGCCUGGCCGACAAUCCCCUCACCAUGCCCCCUUACACCCCUCCGCCCAUCCUCAGCCCCGUCCGCGAGGGCUCUGGCCUCUACUUCUCCACCUUCCUGUCCACGGCCUCCAACAGCCACGCCGCCCCCCCGCCCAUCACGCCCAAGUCUGCCACGCGCAGCCUGCUCAGGUCCAACAGCUCUGACAUCACCCCUCCAGUUCUUCCAGCAAUGGGAGAGGCCACCCCUGUGAGCAUAGAACCGCGGAUCAACAUUGGGCCGCGGUACCAGGCCGAGGUGCCAGAGAUCAGAGACCGCGCAGCCGCGCAGAGAGACCAGCACAAGGCGGAGCUGGUGUGGUGCCCCCUGCAGGAGCCGGAGGCCAAGCCGCCGCGGGAAGAGAGCGUGGAGAACCUCAUGAGUCUGGCCUGCUCCAGUGCACUUUGCGGGGGAGGUACCAAUCAGGAACUAGCCCUGCACUGCCUGCAUGAAGCCAAGGGAGACAUCCUGGAAGCCCUGACGCUUCUGCUCUUAAAGAAGCCCAUUUUCUCCAAGAAUCACCCUCUUGGCAACUAUCACUAUUCAGGGUCAGACAGGUGGACCUCUGCAGAGAGACGGUAUUUCAACAAAGGAAUCACUGCUUAUAAGAAAGACUUCUUCAUGGUACAGAAGCUGGUGAGGACGAAGACGGUGGCUCAGUGCGUGGAGUUUUACUACACCUACAAGAAACAGGUGAAGAUCGGACGCAACGGCACGCUGAUUUACGGAGACUCUGAACCGGCAGAAGGGAAGAGUCUGCAGGAUGAGGUGGAAGUAAAUGUGAAGAGUUCCCAGCGGUAUGAGCCCGCUGUCAGGGACACUGCCCAAGACGAAGAUGAAGAUGAGAAAAGGAAGUGGGUGGAGCUGGCAGACAAGAGGCAAGGCCCCAGCCCUCCGAAAGUGACACAGGCGCUCCAGGCCUGCGAAAACGCCGGCGAGGUACUGGUCCUGAGGAGUCAGGAGGCGCCCGGCGAGGAGAAGAAGAGAGACCGGCAGGCGCCCCAGCCCCCGCCUCCUGCCCCAGCGCCGAAACCACGCCAGGAACCUGCUGCUGCAGACAAGAAGAAAGCUGCACCCUCUACCGUCAACAAGGGCCAAGACCAGGAGAAUAUUUUCCCCUGCAAAAAAUGUGGCAGGGUCUUCUACAAGGUGAAGAGCCGCAGCGCCCACAUGAAGAGCCACGCGGAACAGGAGAAGAAGGCCGCCGCGCUGAGGCAGAAGGAGGCGGACGAGAAGGCGGCGGCCCUGGCGGCCGCGGCAGCCCGGCAGAACGGAGCGCAGGCGGAGGAGAGCAGCAGCGAGGAGUCGUCGGAGGAGGGCGAGGACGAAGACGACGAGGACUGGCACUGAGGCCCAGCGUGGAGGCGGUGGGGGUGCCGUCACCAUGGAAACCAAAAGGCGCGCUGGGAGCCUGGAAGGUGGGUUGCACCAGCCAGGCAGAGCUGCGUGCGGCUUGGCCUUGUGAGAGGACAAGGGAUAUCCCCUGCACAACCAUGGAAAUUUGUUUUUCAUAGCACAGCACAGAGCCUGCUUCCCCUCCUUGCUCCCAUUUUUGGUCUGGCUCCUUCAGACACUUUUGUUUAUCUGUGAAAUUUUAUAGCCUGGUCUAUUUUCCAGCCUGUCCUGCUCGUCCUGCUCGCCCUGCUCCUCUCAGAGCUUAAUGCUGGCUGACACCAUUGCACGUCUGGAUUACAUUUUUACAGGUCCACCUAAAAAAAACAUACACCUCUGUUUGACUGUGUUUUCAAGGCUGUACUCUCAGACAGCAGAGUUGGGGACCCCCCCCACUCCAGUGAGCACUUUAACAGUGUUGCCUCGAAGGCUCAGAAAUCGCAGUUAACCCUAAACCUGUACUGGAGCUCCCCCUUAAUUCGGAAGGGUUUGGUUAAGACACGUGGAGACCAACAUCCUCUGGACUAGCUCAUGCAAUGCUUCAGUUGAGAUAUUGUUCCACUUUCAAUGCAAAAAAUCUUGACUGAAUGGAAAAGGAUUGUUUCUUCUCCUUCUGGGCUAGAAAACUGAUAUUCUCAGUAGCUGACCCUUUAAGCAGGGGACUGCCAAAAAAGAACAAUGUGAUUUGGUGUGUUGAAAAGUGCUGUAAUUUCCUUUUUAUUUUGUCACUAUUGAUGCCUUGGAUGUUUUUAAAUGCUUUUUAUCUCUACAAGACAAUCAAUGUAUGAAUGCCCUUUUAUAUUCCUGAACUUAUGGUUAUUAUUAUUGUUGUUGUUAUAAUAUUGUUAUUUUAUUAAUAUUAUUAUUUUGUGUAAUUGUAUUUUGCAGUUCUUUUUCUCAUUGGGCUGUUUUAGUUGGUCUCGUGUUCUAGAAAAACUGAGCUUCAAGAACUGAUUUGAAAAACAGGAACUGAAAGUGACAUUCAGUGCAAUAUGAAAUUCUCCUUUUAAAAUCCAAGGGCCUUAGUCUUAUAUGACUGUUUAUUUCUUGGUUCAUUUAUAACUAUUUUCGAAGCAGACAUCAUGGUUUUAUAACUAUAACAACGUUAACACUGUAACUGUGUUAACAGUACAAACAGCACAUUCAGCUCUUUACCCACAGGUGUAUACGGCAGUGGUCUUUAAAACUCUGCUCAUGCCAGUUGUUUUUGCGGUUGUCAAAAUGGUGCUUAAAAGGGUUAAUCUAUCACAUAUGAAGAAAUUGAUUAGGGGUUAAAAGUUUUGUCUCUUGCUUGGAUUUAAAUUAUAGUCUCACCCAAAAGCUUGGCAAUUAUGUUUGCAUUGUAGGAAACAGGAUUCUCAGUUGUUCUGCUUAAAUUAAUUGGCCAUUGUGAGAUAAGGAUGCUUUGUGUUUUUCCUGAUUCAUUUAAACAAGCAAAGCUCUAUCUUUCCUUGCAGUCUAAGUGCAUAUUAAUACUUGUCUGAAUUCAGCAUCCUCUUCACAUUGUAGGGAGUAAGAUGAAGUACAUUUACGGACAAAUGUACAAGCUUUAAGUUGUGUGGUUUCAAAACUGCGCCUUGCUGUUCAUUACUGUGUAUAUAAUUGAAUUUUUUUGCGAUUAUAUGUGCGAUAUUUAAAUUAAGUAAGGACAUUUUUCUCUUAUUAAAAGCUGCACAUUUUAAAAAUGAAAUGACUUCAUAUUGAAUGCAGUAUUGCAGAGUGGAACCUGUAACCAACAGGUUGCCAAAGUGAUCAUCACACAAGCCUGAUCCAACAUUUGUAAGAUGCUGAAUUUUAGUUCAUGAGAUUUGAAUGAAGUUCAGUACACUGGACAUUUAAUUUACUUUGCUAAGGUGUUACGACAGGGCAUCUCUCCUGCUUGGAACCAAAGCUAACAGUUUUGGUCUGUUGCACCCAGCAAUUACGCCUUGUACAGUUCCUUUACGGGAAUGCUCAAUGAAACUUCCCUUGUGUUUGUAAAGGCCUAACCCAGCUAGGCUAUUAUAAGCUCGUUUCCAUGGUUACUUAAACAGGAGCUUCCUUGAAACCUAUGCUAUUUAUUUACUAGACCAGGAAUUGAGGUCAGUCACAGUGGGGAAAAGAGGUUGAAACCAAAUUCAACAGCACAAGUAUUGUCUGUUUCGCUGUGGUGUUUAUGCACAGUGUGCUUUUGUGUGUCCAUCUCUCUAGUAAAAAAGAUGCCCAGCCUCCUACUGAAAUUCAGAGCUGCUUGAGAAAAAGAAACUGCCUGUUUUGUAUUUUUUAUAAAUAUAUUUGCGAUUUAACAUUUCUGAUCGCCGAAAAGGCAUUCUGUGAUGAUAUUGUUGUAGACUGUUUUUAUUUAAGAGAGGUAAUACCCCAAUGAUAUGAACGCUAAGCUUAAAACGCUAAAUGCUUUCAUUCUGUACAGUUGUUAAGGGAUUUGAGAAUUGAAGGUUUAUAUAAAUAUAUAUACACAUUUUCUAUAUUAUUUUGAUAACGAGCAAAGAUACACUAAUGUUUGAAAAAAAUAAAAAUAAAUUUCUCAAGUG